AUGGUAUUUGGUUUUUCAAAGAGGGAUAGGAGGGUACCUGACUUGUCCAGGUACGAUUACUACUAUCAGAACCACGAAGAUUAUAACAAAAGCCCCCAGCUCUCUGCUGCUGCUGCCUCUGCUGCUUCUGCCGCAUCACCGGAUCGAACCAAUUAUUCAAGGUCGCACUCGCUGGUUAGCCAUGCACCUCCAAUAUCGAAACAAAGAGGUUCGGUGAAGGCAACAGGGAGAAGGCUCUCUACAUCCUCCGCCGUUCCGCCAUCAUCCAGGGGAGCAGGUAAGCAGUAUUCACAGAAGACGUACUCGCUGAGGUCACAGAGGAGUGGGGAGUAUCAUAUGCAUCCACCGGGUUACGCCACCAAUGGGAGCCGUAUGAACUCUAUGACAUCUGGUGCCAAUGCUAGAAGAAACUACGGCAAGAACAAAUCCGCGAGCGGUAACAAUAACGAUUCAAGGGCCAACUCUAUCACCGUAAAGACUACACAAGUGACAGACCCCUCGGGAAGAACUCAAUCAAUUACUAAAAAGACAAUAAGGAAAAUAAAUGGAUAUGAAUAUGUGGAAACCACGACUACGACAAAGAAUCUGGUUCCAGUAGGUGAUUCGCAGCGUCAUUUCGAUGAAUUUAGUGAAAACUACAUGUUGCAAGAUGAUGACAUCUUAGAGGAACAAACGAGCGAUAACAUUCACGAUAUAAUGGAGGAAAACGAAACAGAUAACGAAAAUCCGCAUUCUCCCAUAAGUGCAAGUCAUUUACCGGAUGGUUCAGAACCAGCCGUGGAAAAACCAGAUUUCCCGCCUGGAUCGUAUUUUCACCAUAAGUAUUCUACAGACGUUAUGCCUUUAGAAGAAGAAAGCAGUCUAUCCAAUUUCAGUGACGCAUUAGAUUAUAUUCCCCCCACCCAUCAGUCCAGUACUAAACAUAUUCAUAAUAAAAGGAACCAAACAUCGACGACAAGAAGGAAGAAAAGACCGCCCGUUAUGAAAAACGUAGAAGCGGAGGCUAAGAAACCAUUAACUGAAGCAGAAAUGUAUCUUAAGGCCUUAGAGGUUGCCAAAAGAAACGUGUAUCACACGGAUGCUCCUUCAAAUAUUGCUUCAGCCCCACUCGGGAGCAACAAACCCAGGAAAAGUAGGAUGGGCCAAAAAAUGACUUUGAGAAGCAGUAAUGAUCCUCCAACGACUACUGCUAAAUUUGCCAAAUCUGACGUCGAGGUUCAACCAAAAAGAUUUACAAGCUCUUUCUUUAAUAGAAAUGCUAGAAGUGGCCCUCAUGAAGUGCACAAUCAUUCGGUGGUUUCGAAUUCUAAAUCGGAUAAGGUAGUAGAGCCGGUACCAGAGCCUAAGAGUGCAAACACAGGGCUAACAGAUAAAGAGAUGUAUGAUCAGGCUUUGAAAAUCGCACAAGCUAGGUAUUACAACUCUCAUGGCAUUCAACCUGAAGCGAUCGAUAAUGGCGCCGCGGCCGCUAAACCUGGCCAGAUCGGCGUUAGCCAUUCGGUACCUAGUGGAGGUGUCUCGCUCAAUAAACAACAUUAUUCAGGGGAAUCUGAAAUUCCAGUCCAGAGCGAAGUGCAUGAAUACGAGCCCGUUCCAUUGCAGAAGACAAAAACAGCCGGUUCUUCCAAAAAUAAGUUCAAAACUAUGUUUGACAAAGUGCUGCAAUUCUCUCAAGAAAACUACGGCUAUCAGCACAAGAAGGAUCAAGGCGAGCAGGAUCUAGUCAGUCAUAAUGCUGAAGAAAGCUUCCAAGCAGCGUCUACUUCAGAAAAUGUGCCUACGGCAAGAUCUUCUUCAGACGACGGUGUAACAGCGAAUCCAGUUGCUGCAGAUUCACUUUCGCCCCUUCAACAACAAACAGACUCGACUACUGCAUCCUCAAACGGACAAAGUCAGGGCAACAUACCCGCUCCCACAGUAGCGUCAACAACGAGGACAAGAUCUCCGGAACAACAGGAAACUAUAAAGUCUUCUUCUUCGCUUUUACAGGACCAAACCCCGCAACGUCAGGAAGACGCCACCGAUCCGACAACAUCGACGAAUGAGUUGUCCGUCGCAGAGCCAACCACAUCGCACACCAUGCCUACCGACACUCCUAUUAUAUCUCAGCCUACAAUAGCCACUUCGACACACACAACGAAGACAAUACAAGCUCAAGUUAUUCCUACGAAGCACAAAAAGCCCAGUUUUUUCACUAAACUGUUCAAAAAAAAAAGCAGCCGUUAA